AGCUGCCAGCACGCGCAGAAGGCGGACACAGGCUGGGCGGAAGCGGCCCGGCGGCCUGGGGCGGCGAGAGUGCGAGUAGGCGUUUAAAGGAGCCUUCGGCACCCGGGUCGGUUCGCCGCCGGGACUGCUGACGGUGAGGCCUAAGUAGCCCCAGGAGUCGGGAUCUAGAAGGUAGAGGAGAAGCGGGGCUGUCUGACUCCCGGAGGUGACAAGGGGAGAGGGGCUGUGUGAAUACCCUCCAUGGGCAGUAAUGGGAUGACUAUCCCCAGGGAGCACUGCGGAGGAGAGAGGCGGCUGAGGGACUGCACUUUCUGGGGCCCCCCAGGAGAGUCAGAGGACAGUUAAGAGGGAUCACAGGCCCGGCUUGGUACGGUCACCCCCCUUCCCAUUCCCUGCUCUCAGCAUUCUGUCACCUCCCUACCCCGUCGCGGUGCCCAGCCAUGGCCAGACCUCCCGUGCCCGGUUCGGUGGUUGUCCCAAACUGGCACGAGAGUGCCGAGGGCAAGGAGUACCUGGCUUGCAUUCUGCGCAAGAACCGCCGGCGGGUGUUUGGGCUGCUUGAGCGGCCAGUGCUGCCGCCGCCUGUGUCCAUUGACACUGCCAGCUACAAGAUCUUUGUGUCCGGGAAGAGUGGUGUGGGCAAGACGGCACUGGUGGCCAAGCUGGCUGGGCUGGAGGUGCCUGUGAUGCACCACGAGACCACUGGCAUCCAGACCACCGUGGUAUUUUGGCCAGCCAAGCUGCAGGUCAGCGGCCGUGUCGUCAUGUUUCGUUUUGAGUUCUGGGACUGUGGAGAGUCUGCACUCAGGAAGUUCGAUCAUAUGCUGCCGGCUUGCAUGGAGAACACAGAUGCCUUCCUCUUCCUCUUCUCCUUCACUGACCGUGCCUCCUUUGAAGACCUCCCUGGACAGCUGGCCCGCAUAGCAGGUGAGGCCCCUGGUGUCAGGAUGGUCGUCGGCUCCAAAUUUGACCAGUACAUGCACACGGACGUGCCCGAGCGGGACCUCUCAGCCUUCCGGCAGGCCUGGGAGCUGCCCCUGCUACGGGUGAAGAGUGUGCCGGGGCGGCGGCUGGCUGAUGGGCGCACGCUGGACGGGCGGGCUGGGCUGGCCGACGUUGCCCACAUACUCAACGGCCUUGCUGAGCAGCUGUGGCACCAGGACCAGGUGGCAGCUGGCCUGCUUCCCAACCCCCCAGAGAGUGCUCCUGAAUGAAUCACGAGUGGGUGCCUGUGAUCCCACCCCCAACCCUUAGGUCUCGAUAUAGGGCUGGAGGCUAGGGCAGGAACAUGGAUCCUAUCUGGAGGACUGGCCAGCAUGGCCUGAUCAGGGAGGAUGUGGCCAGAGAAGGCCCACCCCAGAGCAGCGCUUUCCUUGCAGAAUUCAUGGCAGGGAGGUGGGGACCAAGGCCCUGAGCUGGAACGUCUCCUGCGGCCUUUCCCCCUUUGGCAUUACCCAUGGAGGGUGACUGAGAGAGGGGGUGCCUCUCAAGUGACUUCAAUCAAGAACCUGUAUUGGUUGAGGUGACACCAUCUGUUGUAACAGAUAAACCCCAAAAUCCCAGUGCUGAACUCCA